AUGAGAAUGACCGCGAGUCGACGGUCACUGCCGAUAGCACCGAUUUGUCAAACUCCGAUAGUGAGAGUGAGGCAACAGAAGGGGAAGAGGACGCCAGUGCGGAUGGAGGUGAGGCGAAAGAGAAACGACGCGCUGAAGCAACAACUAGCAGUGAUGAAGAUGAAAAUGCUGAGGAAUCGACGGAUUCGAACGAGGAGAGUACAAGUGAAACAGAUUCGGAAGAAAACAAUGACAGUGAAGACUCGUCGGAAUGUGAAGAAAUAUUCAAGAAGCCAAUCAGAACAGUAUCCCCGAUUCGUACAGCUCCCACUGGAAUGA